AUUUCCUCUCACGAACUUCCGGCGUGGUGCGCCAUCGCGAGAAAUCGCUCGGCUCGCUUCAAGUCUUUUCGGUCUUUCCGUCGUUUUCCUGUUCUUUGCGAAAGCGUUCCUUAUUUAUUCAAAAUGGCUAAGCGCACGAAGAAGGUUGGAAUCACCGGUAAAUAUGGUACCCGUUACGGUGCCUCCCUCAGGAAGAUGGUGAAGAAGAUGGAAAUCACGCAACAUGGCAAAUACACUUGCUCCUUUUGCGGAAAGAACGCGAUGAAACGCAGCGUCGUUGGGAUCUGGUCCUGCAAGCGCUGCAAGAGGACAGUCGCUGGUGGUGCAUGGGUGUACUCCACAACCGCUGCUGCUUCAGUAAGGUCAGCGGUGCGUCGAUUACGCGAAGUUAAGGAACAGUAAAUUUGUUUAAUAAUAAUAAUAAAUAUCUUUUUGACAAAUAAAUAACUUUUCGUACUG